AUGGUUAAAGACUUGAAGAUCCAAGACUUAAAAGAGUUUCAACCCUUAUACGAUGAUUACUCUCGUUUGGGUCCGAGUGGUGAUGUAGCAAAAAAGAGAGUUGUUGGGUUUCUCAUGAAUUGCUCUGCCUCUUUGUUGAUCAUUCAACGGAGGGGAAAAACUGUUAUGUCUCGAGAAGCAUUUCUGAUUGCCUCAAAAGGUUCACACUUCACAAGACCUUUGAGAGACAUCCACAAAUCUUUUAUGAAGAACAAGACUUGUACAGCUAUUCUAAGAGAGCCUUAUAGAGAUAAAGCUAGUGUAGAGACACAUCCUGUGUUAGCUGUAAGGAAGAAAUACAUCCAGUUGAUGAAGAACUCGGAGUUGAUUCUCAAGAGUAGAAGGAUUCCUCCGUCGCUGACUAAACAAGGUGGUGGUAACGGAGGACUCAACGGUGCUAACGGUGGUUUCUUCACCUCUGCAAUGGCUUUAACGGUGCCGGAAAUGGCCCCGUCAACGGCUACGAAGAAGAGCUUUGGUCAAGGGAAACGGAGGAUGAAUGCUCGAACAAGCAUGGCUCAGCGAGAAGAUGUCAUCCGGAGAACUGUCUAUGUCUCUGAUCUCGAUCAACAGGUCACUGAAGAGCAGCUUGCUGGUUUGUUUGUGAACUGUGGGCAGGUUGUUGACUGCCGCAUAUGUGGUGACCCAAACUCAGUCCUACGGUUUGCAUUCAUCGAGUUCACUGAUGAAGAGGGUGUGAUGACUGCUCUGAAUUUAUCCGGGACUAUGUUGGGAUUCUAUCCUGUGAAGGUUUUGCCAUCCAAAACAGCUAUUGCGCCGGUGAAUCCGACGUUCUUACCAAGGACUAAAGAUGAGCGUGAGAUGUAUGCAAGAACUAUCUACUGCACUAACAUUGACAAGAAGGUGACUCAAUCAGACGCGAAGGUCUUCUUCUUCGAAAGUAUCUCAGAUCGUUUCUUUACUUCAUAUUCUGUUUGGUUUAACAGUUUAUUAUCACAAAUCAAGAAUCCAGAAAGUUCUAGAAUUAAUCGAGUGGCUUCAUGUACCUCAACCUCUGAUCUCCUUACAAGAUUUGUUCAGUUUGUUAAUAGCCCAGAAGUUUUGGAAAGAGUCAAUACAUAUGAUUUGGAGAUGUCACAGUUGAAAGCAGCUCGGACAUUAUAUUCUCAGGGCGAUGGAGGUGUAACGGAUGCAACAAAGAAGGAGCUCUCAAGAGCUAUAGAUUUAAGACUUGAUGCAAUUUAG